CGCAGGAAGCGCAGAGAUAGGCGGUGGUAUGUGCGCCCUUUGAAUACCACACGAGAUCGGGAUGGGGAAUUUGUUUCUCUGGUGCUUCCAAUGCGAAGCCUGGACGAGGAGAGGCAUUUCCAAUAUUUCCGUAUGUCGGCACCAAAGUUCGAUGAUCUCCUUUCGCGAGUCAUCCGUUACCUUCCCGACUCGCACCAAAACCACCGGAACCCGAUCGGGGCUACCCAAAGGCUUGCGGUUACCUUGAGGUACCUGGCAACCGGCAUCGGCCUGCAAGCUCUUUCGGCGAGCUACAAGAUGGGCACCAGCACUGUGUCGGGCAUCGUGGAGGAGAUGUGUUCUGCCAUCUGGGAUGCCCUUCAGGGGGAGUUCAUGGCCUUUCCUUCCCGCGGUCAGUGGCAGGACAUAACGGAGGAAUUUUGGAGGCAGUGGCAGUUUCCCCUGUGUGUCUGGGCGAUUGACGGGAAGCAUGUCAGACUCAGAGCUCCAGCACGAUCGGGAAGUGACUACUACAACUACAAAGGUUUUUUUUCAAUUGCCCUUAUGGCUGCUGCUGAUGCCAACUACAGAUUAAUUUAUGUAGAUGUUGGCGCAUACGGGCGUGAGAGCGAUGGAGGUGUCUUGGGUCGCAGUGCCUUCGGAUCCAGACUGGCAGAGGGCAACCUCAAUCUACCCGCCCCUGCUGUCCUACCAGGCACCACAACGCCCAGUCCUUAUUUUUUUCUGGGGGAUGAGGCCUUUCCCCUACAGGUGAACCUGAUGCGUCCCUAUCCAGGUACUAACCUGCAGGAUAGGAAGCGCAUCUACAACUACCGACAGGCCAGGGCGAGACGCGUAGUGGAGAAUGCCUUUGGCAUAUUGGCUGCGCGCUUCAGAAUCUUUGGCCGUCCAAUUGACUGCCAACCUGAAAAGGCGGUGAAGAUUGUGAAGGCGUGCGUGGCUCUCCACAACUUCCUGGCAUCCACCGAACGAGCCAGAUACAUGCCCGCCUCCUUUGUGGAUACGACCGCUGACACCGGAGAGGUCCAGCCUGGAGAGUGGAGGCAGCAUGUCGAGGGGGACCGGAAUAUGGUCGACGGACCACGGUGUUCGGUCGGCAGAGCCAGACCAUCUCAAAGAGCGGCCCUUGUCAGGGAGCAGCUGGCAGACUAAUUUCUGUCGGAUGCUGGCGUGUUUCCCCACCAGUACAAUGUGCUACGAUUGGGCACUGACCAAUAAACGCAUUGUUCACUUGGAAGCAUGACUUCUAAUUUAUUAGUUAUCACAUUACACAAGUUAACUAAUUUGGUUUACGUCAAACUCAUUAAUUCAUAUCCAUAUAAAAUGUUUAUACAACGAGCUACUGCCUUGACAGAUGAAUUAAUUAUUUAAGUGUACGCCUAUAGCCAAAGCUAUAGCGCAUAAUGUCCACAGAAAUUAUCACCAUUUUAAUAUGAUGUGCAUGUAUUUACCUGUAUGUCAAUUGUGGCACAUUUACAUUUAGGGAAUUUAGCAGACGCUUUUGUCCAAAGCGACUUACAAUAAGUACAUUUGUCAUAAGAAGUGCAUCAAUAUAUCGCUGUCGGUACAGAAAGGAUGUUCAUAGAACCAAGUGCAAGUACCACAAUCGCUAGGUUAAUCAAUUCCCCGUAUUACAGACAUGAUAGCAGCUGCUGCAGUUGCUACACAGUUAAGUGCUACAAUACAAUACAAUACUACAAUACAAUACAGUGUACAAUGGUGGUCAGAAGAGGAAGGGUGGCUAUUGCACCCAUUGCACUCCUGACCAUCCCUGGUAGAAGGGAUCCCCUACACUGCGUUUCUUCUCAAAAUUUCUUCCUUGCUGAUUCAAGGGAGUUUUUUCUUGCCCGUGUGGGGGCAUGGGUAAAGGGGGGUGUCACAAAUAUUUGGCCUGUUAAGCCCUUUGAGACUGUAAUGGUGAUUAAGGGUUAUACAAAUAAAAUUGAAUUGAACUGAACACUGAACUGAACUGAAUUGAACACACAGAACAUGAAGAACGUGAACGUAAUUAAUUAAAAUAGGCUAAAACAAAUAAGGCCAGUAAUAGAAAGAACAUCGGAACAUCGGGUGACAAGAAAAUCAUUAAAUCUCAUAAUCCCGCAUCAACUGUUUGAUGUCGCGCAUCAAAGAAGAACUUUGCCCCUGUGGAAGGGUUCGCAAGAAUUGGCAAAGGUAAUUGGUGAAGGAGAAGUGAAUGUCAUUCAUGUCUCUUUCCCUCAUCCUCUCUCUCUCCCUCUCUCUCUCAUUCUCUCUCUCCCUCUCUUCCACCCUUUCUCUCUCCCUUUCUCUCGCCUUCUCCAUCUCCUUCUCUCUAUCCUGACGGAUUUCCUGAAGCCUAUCGAGGAGGGCAGCCUCGCAUGGAUCUGCAAUCGGCCUGACGCUCUUCCUCUUUCUUUUGCCCCCACGGGAGGCUGAUGACGUCGGGGUAUGAGAUGAUGGGGUAACUGGGAGGGUGGUGGGAGGGUGGGGAUGAAGAAGAGAAGAGCUAGAGGCAGAACUCAUCUGGGUGGUGGAAGGGUCGGAUAGAGAGGAAGAGGUAGCAGAAGCCACUCGUGUCGCGGGGGAAGGGUGGGGUGGAAGAAGGGAAGAGGUAGAAGCCAUCACAGUGGUGGGAGGGUGAGAUGUGGAAGAGGUAGUGGUUAGAGGGUCAGAUGGAAGUGGACAUUGGGAUAGGGAUGAGGCGGGGUUGGGGGUUGAUGGAGGUGCCUGAUCUGCAUGGAAAAUAGGCCUUUCCUCCUCCUCAUCGUCUUCCUCACCUGCCUACAGAAAGACACCUAUUUUCAAACAUCCUGACCAAGUAAAUAGCCUACCAUUACCUACAUUGAACAGUCUCUCUCCACACACACACACACACACACACACACACACACACACACACACACACACACACACACACACACACACACACACACACACACACACACACACACACACACACACACACACACACACACACACACA